AUGUUCCGAGCUCACUUAAAUGCAGCAGGUUCUGAUGAACCAACAAAUCCACCUUUAGUGUUCCUUGACCAAACUCUGAUAGUAUUUGAUGUUGAACAAAGAAAGAAUGCAUCACAAAUCCUUCACCUCAAACGCAUGCCAAAAAUCGGUUUAGUUUCCUAUAGAUUUCAGACGAAUGCACCUACAAGGUAUAUAGUCAACCCCAACUGCGGAAUACUAUCAGAUGAUAACCCUAUUCCGAUAAAAAUUGAGCUCGUUGGCAAUCGCUUCAAUCCACAACACAAACUAAUUUUGCAAGCUGCUCUUAUAGAAAACAAAGAUGACUGGCAAAGGGUUUGGGAAGACGCAAGGACCGAUAAACCGGGUGUGUAUCAGAAUUUGUGGAUCGAGCUGAGUACAACGGUGAUGAACCUCGAGCAAGCACAGAACUUCAACGAACACGAAACGUUGGUGAGUACUUUGCUCAAAAUAAAACGAGUUAGGAUGUCUUCGCCAACCAAACCAGACUAUAACAAAAUCUCUCAGAACGCGUCUGUUGCUGUUGGACAACUUCUUAACGCUUCCAACUCCAAAAGAUCUCAAGUCAUUACUAGAAGCAGAUAUAAAAACUAUACUGAAAAACAUCGAGCAAACAAACAACCUGAAAGGGAUUAUUGA